AUGGUUGUAUUGGCGCUCAUCGAGUUUUACGUGCUUCAUUUACAUCUAACUCACCUGAGCAUUUUUCUUCCCUCUUUUGGCGCCAGUGCCACUAUCCUUUUCAGUGUUCCUGGCGCUCCGGUGGCACAGCCCCGUGCAUUAUUUUUUUCUCACAUCACGGCAGCCAUUAUUGGGGUUUUGUUUGCGAAUAUUUUUCAGUUUUUACCUAGCGAAGCGUUUGGAUUUAAAUGUGCAGCAGCCGUAGUGGUUGGCCUACACCUUGUGCUCUUGUGCGUAACGAAUACAUUUCAUCCUCCUGCGAGUGCGACAUGUGUGUCGGCAGCUCUUGCACCACUUAAUGCGCAUUAUCAUGAUCAAGGAUUUUUAUUUGUCUUGUUGCCCGCUCUUCUUGGUUGUAUUGUCUUGUUUUUGUGCGCGUGGAUAUUGAACAAUUCGCUAUGUAGUCGUUCUCCAUACCCCAGGUAUUGGUGGUGA